GGGCGGAGGAGAUUGGGUACCAAGGAGGACUGCCUGGAGGCGGUGGCCACGGUGACUGCUCCAAACCCGUUCGGCCCUGUGCAGAAGUCUGAAGAACAGAGGUGCCCUCUGACGCGGCCCCAGGCGACGACUCACUAGAGCCUGGCUAAGACUGGAUUAGGGGUCAUCUGACACCUUUUCUGAGGGGAGCUAGUGGUGCAUUGACAUCUGGGAGGGGCUCCUGGCAAGGUUCAGGCCCUCUGAUCUUCCUUUAGCCACUGACAAUGCCCACUUCAGUCCCAGACACCUGACCAGAGGGUGAAAGAGGAGUGCCUCCCGACAGGGAGUCUCAGGUCUGCUUUGGGGAAACUAAGAUAAGCACUGUCCAUGAAAGGGGGACAAGGCAGUGAGCAGACACAGACAACUGCAAGGACCUCUUCCCACAGGUACCACUGACCUGUACAAAUGGGCCCCCAGCUUGAAGACUUAGCUAAUACUCUGAAUGCUGAGAAGAUAGGCAGGGCCAAGGUCUGGGCCAGAGGUAGGUGGGCCCCUGUCACACCAGUUUGCUCUUGCUUGACCCCAGAGUUGGUUAGAGGCAAGCUCAGGAUCCUAAAAAUGGAUAGUUAUAAUGUGCCUUGGGUCCCGGAGUAGCCCAGGUCUCUCAGGCCCUACAGGAUGAGGCCAGAGUGACCCACUGGGAGGUCCCCUGGCCUCUGACUCUUCCAGCACAUCCUCUGCUCAGUAUCACUCCUUCCAGGAAUUCUCCCCACCCAGGUUUGUAGAAGGGCCGGUGCCUUCUGUCCCUCCAUCCCCGCUAGCCUCAGUGUACACUGUAAGACCUAUUCCUGCUUUAUGCCCAGGUAAGGGCGACCCAGGCUGCCCCCACACGACAGAGGCCCAGGCCAUGUCCCCAGUGGCCUCCAGGGGGCGCCGCCGGGAAGCCUGUCAUUGGGCUCCUGGGAGCUCCGCGGAGGUGGGCAGGCGCCGGCCCCUCAAGCCCUCGGGUUCGGCUUGCCUGCUUGACACAGCCUGCACACCUAGGCUGGGUCGGGCUCAGAACUGCCCCUUGCCAUACACGUGUUGUGUCGCUCGCCGCUGCCUCAUUUCUACUCCUGUCCGAGGUCGGACGCUAAAUUCUGUCAGGCCCAGUGUCCACGUGUCCGUUUGUCUGUCCCUUUGCGUAUGACCGUGGAUCGGCACGCCGUGCUCCAGCUGCGGCAUGUGCAGGGUUAAGGCGAGAGGAGGUUUCCCUGAGUCGGAGCGGGAGGGGAGCGAGGGGCGGACCUGGCCCAGCCCCGCCCCGCGCCGGAGCAGUGCCGGAGCCCCGCCAGAGCCCGACUUCAGCCCCAGCCAGAUCCGGCGUCAGCGGAGGCGGAACGGUGGACCCCGUACCCUGGCAGCAUCGGAGCACCGGCGGGUGAAGGCAAGGUCCCUGGACUGGUCAUAUACCUCUUGUGGCCCUGGCAGAAUCAAGAUGAGGCCCUGUCAUGCCUUCCCAGUGAGGCCUACAGUCUGAACAGACAGCAUGGCCUGCCAUUGGCUGUGAACACCAUGUCUGCAGGAGGUGGCCGGGCCUUUGCUUGGCAGGUGUUCCCCCCCAUGCCCACUUGCCGGGUCUAUGGCACAGUGGCACACCAAGAUGGGCACCUGCUGGUGUUGGGGGGUUGUGGCCGGGCUGGACUGCCCCUGGACACUGCUGAGACACUGGACAUGGCCUCACACACAUGGCUGGCACUGGCACCCCUGCCCACUGCCCGGGCUGGCGCAGCUGCAGUAGUUCUGGGCAAGCAGGUGCUAGUGGUGGGUGGUGUGGAUGAGGUCCAGAGCCCGGUAGCUGCCGUAGAGGCCUUCCUGAUGGAUGAGGGCCGCUGGGAGCGUCGGGCCACCCUCCCUCAAGCAGCCAUGGGGGUUGCAACUGUGGAGAGAGGUGAGUGGCCUCCCAAGGAAGGCACUUCAGAUGGUAUGGUGUAUGCUCUGGGGGGAAUGGGCUCUGACACGGCCCCCCAGGCCCAGGUACGUGUGUAUGAGCCCCGUCGGGACUGCUGGCUUUCACUACCUUCCAUGCCCACACCCUGCUAUGGGGCCUCCACCUUCCUGCACGGGAACAAGAUCUAUGUCCUGGGGGGCCGCCAGGGCAAGCUCCCAGUGACUGCUUUUGAAGCCUUUGAUCUGGAGGCCCGUACAUGGACCCGCCAUCCAAGCCUACCCAGCCGUCGGGCCUUUGCUGGCUGCGCCAUGGCUGAAGGCAGUGUCUUUAGCCUGGGUGGCCUGCAGCAGCCUGGGCCCCACAACUUCUACUCUCGCCCACACUUUGUCAACACUGUGGAGAUGUUUGACCUGGAGCAUGGGUCCUGGACCAAACUGCCCCGCAGCCUGCGCAUGAGGGAUAAGAGGGCAGACUUUGUGGUUGGGUCCCUUGGGGGCCACGUUGUGGCCAUUGGGGGCCUUGGUAAGUCUCUAUGGGGCUGGGGAGAGGAGGGAGUCCCAAGACAGGAAAGACUAGCCCCCAGCAUGUGUGCCACCUUCUGCCCAUCUCCAGGCACUCCAGGGGUCAGGGCUUUGUGAGCUCUUUUCCCUAUCUAUGAAGCAGGCAGGAUGUGGUCUGCCUGGCCCAGCACUCAGGGUGUUCCUCAGUGACUGGGGGCUCUGUCAAGCACCAGCAAGGGUCUACGAGACAGCAGCAGGACAAAUGACCACUGUAUGCACAGCCAAGAGGACAUAUAGAAACAUGAAUGAAUGAACAAAUGAUGAACACAGGCAAUGAGGAGCAAGACCCUGAUAGCUCAUCCUGGGGUGAUAUCUACUGGGCUGUUCUCUGGGCUUAGGGAGCAAAAGGGCCUGGAGUCCCUACAGCCUGUGCCUCUCACAGCCUUCUCUCUCCUUCUUGCAGGAAACCAGCCAUGUCCUUUGGGCUCUGUGGAGAGCUUUAGCCUUGCACGGCGGCGCUGGGAGGCAUUGCCUGCCAUGCCCACUGCCCGCUGCUCCUGCUCUAGUCUGCAGGCUGGGCCCCGGCUGUUUGUUAUUGGGGGUGUGGCCCAGGGCCCCAGUCAAGCCGUGGAGGCACUGUGUCUGCGUGAUGGAGUCUGAAGGCCUGGUGGGAGCUGUCCACUGGAGCAGCUCAUUGCCAGAGGCAGCUAUUUCUAUGGCUCCUUUUGCUGCUGAGGACACUCACUAUGGCUCUGUGGGAUGAGAGAGGCACAGGGGUGAGCACUUGAGACACUGCCUUGGGGUCUUGGGUUAGGGGAGCCUUUGUCUUUUGUGCAGGACACACAUAUGCUUACACCUACCUUUAUCACCAUUCAUUCAUGAAUCAUGCCUAGCUCCAUCCUUGCCCUGGGACCUACUGGGCCUUCCAUCCAACUGGGAAAUAGGGAGAAGGAAAGCUGGCCUCAUGCUCUUCAGGGUCAGUUCCUAUCUGGAGUUGACCAGGCCUACCCCAGUUGCCAUUCCUGAAAAAUCUCAGCUGCCAGGCUGCCUUUAGGGUCCCUGUAGACCCAGGAGAGUUGAGAGGGUGGGGGACACAGAGAGAAUAGAGAGGAUGUGGGAACUGCCAGAGGGCCAGAGCACAGGAGUUCGAGCGGAGGAAUGCUGGCUUUGAGCCCUCUACACUGCUGGUUGUAUGACCUUGGACAAGUCACUUCACCUCUCUGUGCCUCAGCAUCCUCAUCUAUAAAUGGGGAUCUCUGAAACCUUCCUACCCUACCUACCUCACUGGGCUGUUGUGAGGACCCAGGGAGUUUGGAUGUGGAAGUAAAAGUGCUGCUAAAACCUA